AACAUAACCCAUAAAACAAGUGUCACACAUUUCUCAUUUUUGGUCUUAUUAUUAUCUUCCUCUCAAUCUUGCAAGGAUAAGAUUGCAAUGGGCUAAACUCCACAAUCUCCACUCUGUAAAGUGCCCCAAACCAACCGAAUAAGCUGAACACCCCCAACGUCUCUCAUUAGCCAAUCUCAUUACAUGACCCAUCACCAUUCACCCCCAGCACCUAUAUUCACCAAUCCACACUACUGCUUCUUUCCUUCUUCUGCUUUUGCUCUUUUUUGCUUGAAUUUUUUUAUACCUUUCAAUUAUUUUUGGUUAUUAUUGAGUUGGUUGAAGAUUCCAAAAUACUCUUCCCACACUGAUUAAACCUUACGGUUGGUGCCACUCUCUCAUUUUCUUUUUGGUACCCAAAUGAUAAAAUAGGAUUUGAUUUCACUUCUUUCUAGUUUCGUGUACCUUAUGUUUUGGUUUUGAGUCUUCUUCUUCUUUCAUGGGUUGUUGUUCAUUUUUGCAUUGCUGUUUUUGCCAUUUGUACUCAGUUAUGGGUCUUUAAAGGUUUGUUUUUUCUGGGUUUCAGGCAUUGAUUAGCCUUGGAAAAAAAAAACCUUUUUUUUUUCUGGUCUCUGGUUUAAGGUUUCUCUUUCAAAGAUUUUAUUUUUUUUUCCUUUUCUCCUUUAAAUACCAACUUGCAUUUUGCUUACAUUUCGUGGUUGUUUCUUCAAGCUUGUAACAGAUGCUUAUGGAGGGAGGAGACUAAGAGGAGACACCCAUAUUGCUAAGGUGAUCUUGAGAUUCCAAUAUGAGAGAAAUGCCUAAACAGACAGUGAUGGCUAUAAAGUCUUACCAAAACCAGGCUCAGUUGUUGGUUAAGAACUACUUAUUUGCAGAUCCCUUCAUUCCAUACACUUCCAUCCUUGGUGGCAUUCUUGCUUGCAAAGUGGCAUAUGAUCUUACCCAGUUAAUCAGCAAUUUUUACAGCAAGACUUACCCUGGUCUUACUAAAAUUCAACGAGUAGAGUGGAACAAUCGUGGUAUCUCUACUGUUCAUGCCAUUUUCAUUUCUGCUUUAUCGUUGUACUUGGUUUUCUGGUCGAAUCUCUUUUCUGAUGAACUUGCUGGUCUUCUUGUCUUCCGAAGCUCACCACUUUCUACUUUUGGAUUAGGGGUUUCUGUUGGAUACUUCGUUUCGGAUCUUGCAAUGAUUUUAUGGCUAUAUCCCUCUUUAGGUGGAAUAGAAUAUGUUAUCCAUCACAGUCUUUCAGGAAUUGCAGUGGCAUAUUCAAUGUUUACUGGCGAAGCACAGCUUUAUACAUACAUGGUUCUUAUAUCUGAGGUGACAACUCCGGAGAUUAACAUAAGAUGGUAUCUUGAUACAGCUGGUAUGAAGAGGUCCACUGCAUAUCUCAUUAAUGGAAUUGUCAUCUUUUUGGCUUGGCUGGUUGCAAGAGUUCUGCUUUUCGGCUACAUGUUCUACCAUGUGUACUUGCAUUAUACACAGGUGAUCAAGAUGCAUAUCUUUGGCUAUAUCUUGGUUUUCGGUGUGCCGGCAGUAUUAGCCACCAUGAACUUGAUGUGGUUUGGGAAGAUUAUUAAAGGUGUGCUGAAGACUUUAGCAAAGAGGCAGUGAUGAAAUAUCGCCAGUGAAUGCCUAAUAAAUCUUCAGGUAUCGUUCUGCCCGAGACUUGUACAUUUUUCUACUACUGCUGCCAUGUAAAAAAUCAUAGAGAAAAAAAGUCAAAAUCCAAGUACUAAAGAAAAAGAAAAUCGAGUCUGAUCCGGUUUUUCCAGUUGAUGGAGAUAGAAUCGUCGUUGUAAAUCGUUCCGAUCUAAUAUAUAUUUUUGGUAAUCAUUUCUCUUGUACUGAUAUGUAUACCUACACCAUAUCUUUCAUUUACUUCUUUCAUGAGCACAUUUUACUCUCAAAA